AUGAAUGGUCGGGUUGUGGAUGAUGAUGAUGAUGAUGAUGAUGAUGAUGAUGAUGAUGAUGAUGAUGAUGAUGAUGAUGAUGAUGAUGAUGAUGAUGAUGAUGAUGAUGAUGAUGAUGAUGAUGAUGAUGAUGAUGAUGAUGAUGAUGAUGAUAAUGAUAGCGAGGAAAUUGAAACGAGAGCGAGGAAAAAAGAAAAGAAAAGGGAAGCAACACUUCCCGAUCAAACGCGGCAGCGUGAUGAAACGCGGCAGCACCCCGUCCAUCCUGUCAGACCGCGUCCCACCGCGUCACACCGCCGGCCACCGCGCCAGACCGCUUCAGAGCAGAACCCGCGCGCGACCCCCCGCUGCCACGUCGAGUCGCCCUGGGGAGCCACGCUCGGCCCCCCGCUGCCCCGUCGCGACGCCCUGGGGAGCCGCGCUCGGCCCCCGCUGCCCCGUCGCGACGCCCUGGGGAGCCGCGCUCGGCCCCCGCUGCCCCGUCGCGACGCCCUGGGGAGCCGCGCUCGACCCCCCGCUGCCCCGUCGCGACGCCCUGGGGAGCCGCGCGCGGCCCCCCUCCCCGCUGCUCCGUCGCGGCGCCCUGGGGAGCCGCGCUCCGUCCCCCUCGCUGCAGCCCGCGAGCCGCCUCUGCAGCGCCGAGUGCGACCUGCCAAACCCUAA